GAACGUUCUCCAUAUGCUGCACAUCUCUAUGAUGCAGAAAACCUUUGGGCACCUCUAAGAAACCUCCCAGGACUCUGUUUUGAUUACUGCUCCAAGUUUCAUUUCAGCUGCCACUCUGCCAUCAGCCUGUUGACAAGUGAUAAGCACAUCCAAGGAUGCUGCGAGACAAACACUUUUUGCAACCUCCUUCACCUCCACAAUGAGGGCUGUUGCUUCCCCAAUGUGCUGAAGAACAUGGCCUUCAACUGCAACCUGGACUCGGUGGUGGAGGAUCGCAAGGGCUGUGUCUAGGUUUGCUUGACUGAGGUGGCCAAUGGCCUGCAGAACUCAGAGCUCAUGGUGCAUGCCAGUGACCAUACCCACUGCCUGUUCGUAGCUGAGCAGGUGGGCGUCAUCUGGGUCUACCUACCCAAUGUCAGCCAGCUGGAUGAGCCUUUCCUGGAUAUUAAAAGUAUGGUGCUGGAUUCAUGGCUAGGAGAUGAGAGAGGCUUUCUGGGGAUGGCUUUCCACCCCAAGUAGAAUUACAAUGGGAAGUUUUAUAUCUAUUACAUGUACAUGGAUAAGAACCGAGUGGAAAAGAUAAGGAUCAGUGAAUUGAAGGUUUUGGCAUCUGAUGCCAACAAAGCUGAUCCGUACUCUGAAAGGAAUCUUCUAGAGCUUGAGGAACCAGCUGCAAAUCAUAACGGUGGGCAGCUGCUCUUCAGUGUGAAUGGCUAUACGUAUCUAUUCACAGGGGAUGGAGGGAAAGCUGGAGACCCUUUUGGAAAAUUUGGGAAAGCUCAAAAUAAGAGUACUUUGUUGGGGAAAGUCUUGAGGAUUGAUGUGGAUGGAAAAAGCCCUGAUGGAAAGCCUUACCGCAUUUCUCCUGAUAAUCCAUUUGUGUUUGAUCGCAAAGCCUGCCCUGAGGUUUAUGCUUACAGGGUCAGGAAUUUGUGGUGCUGUGCAGUUGACAGAGGGGACCCUAUCAUAAAAAAGAGAAGAGGGAGAAUAUUCUGUGGGGAUGCUGGGCAGAACAGGUUUGAAGAAAUCAAUCUGAUUGUUAAAGGAGGGAACUACGGCUGGAGAGCAAAGGAGGGUUUUGACUGCUAUGACACAAAGCUUUAUCACAAUUCUUCUUUGGGUAAAGAGACGUUUCUUAUAGAAGAUGACUUUAUUACAUGUGUAUAUUUAGUGGACUACAGCACCAUUUUUCCAGCCUUGACAAGCAACUACGCAGAGAGCUCCUUAAAGUCUCUGGGUCUGUUCUACAGACUAACAACUUGUGCUUUCCCUGGAAUGAUCAGUUCGUACAGCAAAUUCAUCAUCUCAUUUGCUGAGGAUGAAGCAGUUGAGCUGUGUUUUAUGUCUACUUCUUAUCCCAGUGCUUAUGCACCACAUGGAUUACUCUACAAGUUUAUUGAUCCUGCAAGGAGUGCACCACCAGGGAAGCAUAAAUACAAGCCUGUUCCGGUGAAAACAAAGAGCAAGCGGAUACCAUUUGUUCCAUGUGCAAAGACUGUCCUUGAGCUGUUUAAUGAAAUUUCAAAAACCAAACCUUGGAAAAAAUCUUCUACCCUCACUGCAGCCAUCCCAACAGUUUCUUCUAAGAAAGCAAAAAAGACCUCAUCUACCAAAAUAAAAGUAUCAAGGGUGUCACCAGCUCUGUCUGGUAAAGAGAGACAGAGAGUUAAAGCUGAGGCUAAUCAUGACAAGCCAAGGCAGGGAGAGAAGGUUGCACACAUCUCUAGAAGUACUCCAGUACCACCUUUGCCAAAGAAGAAGAGCUCCCACCUAGCCAGAACCAAGAAGGUUCUUCCAAAGAAAGCAGCACUAGCUAAGGGAAAACUGGAGAAGAGGAGGAAGAAGCAGCUUUUAAAGCUCAGUGAUUUACCAGAAAAAGCAAGUCCCUUUUAA